UCGAGGUGCCGCCUUUGAACUGCAGUUCCUCUAGUGGCCACUUGAGGCUGACUACAAAAGGGAUUUGAAUGGAUUAUCUGACUGAUAUCAAAAGUUGCUGUGUGGUACAGAAGCUUAUGCUUCAGUUUUGAGCUGAGUAAGGACGGAGACCCGCCUGUGCAGCCGACUGAGGACAAUGGUCUGGUUCACGUAAGCUGAGUGCAGCGGGUUCGGAGGAUACGUGCAAAACAGCAGACUGCAGCGGGAGGGAGGCCUACGUGCACCGGGUGUCCAGCAUCCAGGAAGUACCCUGCUCCCUGCAGAGGUUCAUCAUGUAAAAACUCAAAUCCUGCUGAGUUAUAAAAAGCCUCAGUGCCUCUCAGUGAGCAGCACACACAACAGACAGAGACAGACUUCAGACGCAGCACUGACACCAGAUCGGGCCUACAAAGAUGAAGAUGCCUCAACUUCUCAUCCUCCUCGUGACCAUUUUGGUGCACGCAGCAGUCGGUUUCCCCACUGACAGGAGAGCCCGGGAGAAACAGGCCUCGUGGGACGAUGUGAAUGUGGUGGCCCACGGCCUCCUCCAGCUUGGCCUGGGCCUCAAGGAGCACGUGGACAAGGCCAAAGCCCAGAUGAGCGACAUCAACACCAAACUGAAGGCCUUCAACGGCACGGUGGCCGAGCUGGAGAGGAAGCAGCGGGAGCAAGAUGAAGCUAUGAAGGCCAGAAGCAAGGGGCCGGAGGAGAGUCAGAGGCUGGCGGAGCUGGCUGAGGAGGUGAAGAAGCAGACAGCGGAUUUAAACUCCAGGAUGGACUGGCUGCAGGGAGCGCUUACAGAGAGGAUGCUGGACAGCAACGACAGCGGUCACUCAGGAGUCCCAAUGAUCCAGCUGCUGCUGGCUCAGAACAAACGCGUGGACCAGCUGGAGGAGAAACUCAAGCUGCAGCAAGACAAACUGGAGAAGCAGAGUCUGCAACUACAAGCACUGCAGAACAAGAUUUCACAUAAGAGAGUAAAGGCGCACAGGAGGAAACACGAAGAGAUGGCACUGAGGGGCGAGGCUCAGCAGAUCCACACAGAAUCAGGUUUGGCCGGAGACCGUGAUGAUCUCCUCGUACGCGGGCAGCGAGCCAGCAGAGACGGGAGGAGCAGGAGGCAGCAGCUCUGGAAGCAGGCGGCAUCCUCCUCCAAGGCCACAGAGCAAGAGAGCAACUCUCUGAACGCCGGUCAUCUAAAAAUGACACCAGCAUCCCCGAAUCAUUAAAGCAGAGCAAUAAGGAGAGAAUGACUUUAACUUAAACACUGAACUACUGAAGGACUAAAACCAGACUGAGUGUUUACACGCACAUCAUUGCUCUCUGCUGAUUCGCUGCAGGGUCAGACACAUGGAUGCUAUGCCAUGCGAUAACUCAUUGUCUCAGUGGACAUGUUCAGUCAUAUUGACGGGUGUAACUUUAUUCCCUUUAUAAGGGAUUUAUCCAUUUGUUUUGUUUUGUACUUAAAUAAUGUGCAGUUUCUUAUUUUAUGGAUUUGUACAAAACUUUGAAUAUUUUAUAUGAAGUGGAUGGAAAUAAAACUUUUAAGUUUAUCUUA